UUGCCUCUUCUUUCAAAGUAAAAUAAACCCCUGUUUGCCACUCUGUCUUGAGCCCCUUACCAAUUUUCUUGACCGUUUCAAUCCAAACGCUCCUCCUCUGUAAUCAUGAGGGUUCUCGGUUGAUUUCUUGCUCCACCAUUCUUGGCUGGAAGAGAAACACAAUCCCCCACUCACCCCACUCUGAAAACCAAGAUUUGAAUCGUUUUUUUUUCUGUGUAGAUGGGUUGUUUUCUUGGGUGUUUUGGUGGUGAUAAGGAAAAGAAAUGCCGGAAAAACAGGAAAAAGGUCAUCCCUCGAGACCAAAAACAUGUUUGUCAGGAUGCUCAGAGAAGCAUUAUCUCUACAGAACAAAGCAUCACAGAGGAACCCUCUGGGAGCUUGGUUACCGAAGCGCGAGAUAGGCCUGAGGAGCAACUUAGCUUGAGUGCUAGAAAAAAAGUCACAUUUGAUUCAAACAUCACUACAUAUGAACCUGUUUCUGUCUAUGAAAGUACAGAUUCUUUACCUGAAACCAAGAAAUCUCGUGAAGAAGAAAGAGAGGAGGAGGGAUCUCUUGCUAAAUCAAGCAAGUCCAGCUCUUCCUCUGAAGGGGGUUCUGUCGUUUCUAGUGUAGGAUCAUAUCCUACAAACCACAGGUAUCAGAACUGUCGAGACAGUGAUGAUGAAGCUGAGGAGUUUGGUGACAGUGACGUGGACGAAGAAUGUGAUCUGGAUGAUGAUGAAGAGUACGGGGAUUUCGAUUGUGAAGGUGGACAAGUGUGGUCUGAAUCAAUGGUGGCUGACAAGUACUUUCAUCAAGUGAAAGAACAGGAAGUGGAUAGUCCUAAUUUGAUGUUCGGUGUCCCCGAGAAGGAAACGAGGAAGGGUGAAACAAAAGGAUAUGUGAGAGAUAGGAGUGCUUACAUCCAUCCUGUGUUGAACCCUGUAGAGAACCUCAGUCAGUGGAAAAGUGUUAAAUCAAAAGCAGCAGAACCCAUGAAGCUACUGCCACAGAAGGAAAAUUGUACCGCAGAAGUAGAAGGGCCCCGUGCUUCGUUCAGUUUAGAACCUACAUUUAAGCAAUCAUCAUUUAGUUUUAAGACAAAGCCUAAAGAUCAAGAAAUUGGGGUUGAUGCUAGUCUUUCAAAUUGGUUGGUUACACCUGAUACCACCAAGAAGGCAGGGUCCAACGCGCUUGAGACUGUUACAUCAGAAAAAAGCAUGUCACAAGGUUCUAACUCUAUGAUGAGCUUUGAAGACAGGCCAAUUUUAGGUGUCUUGACAGUUGAGCAGCUGAAACAGCAUUCAGCAACUUCCUCCCCAAGAAAAUCACCCUGUCGAAGCCCUGAUGAGAUGCCUAUUAUAGGAACUGUUGGUACCUACUGGAAUCCCUUGGGAUCGGCUAAAGACUCUGGGUCAGUUUCUUCUUUUAAAGGCAUACCAAACUCGACGAGCAAGUACAGAGAGGAUAAGAGAGUUAAUUGGCACUCUACUCCAUUUGAGGCAAGAUUGGACAGAGCCUUGAAAGAAGGUGCCACAGAAGCCUCUUAGCUUGAUAGAUUAUUGUAUAUCUAAACUGUCACAGCAGUUUGUGAAGCGAGUGCGCGACUCUUCUUGUUACUAUUGUUUGUGUUUACAUUUCUAUACAAUUCGUGGAUUUUUCGUGUGUAUGGAUUGUGGGAAAACUGUUUGUUGUAAUUCUUUGUAACUAUGAUAAGUGGUGAUGCAGUGAACUUAUUUAUUGCUUGUGUUUUCCCUUC